AUGUAUCUCACUGAUUAUAGUGGAACUAUAUCUUCACCAUUACAACUUAAUGUUGAAAUACAUAUUGUUGAUAUUAUAACUGAUAUAGAUGAAAAAUAUAAGGUUACUUUUAAUGGAUAUAUUUAUAUUAAAAUUAAUAAACGUCAAUCAUUAGAAAAUGUACAAGAACUUCGUAUUUAUAGAGAUCUUAAUCUUAAAUCAGCUAACAUUAUUCAUGCAAUGAAAGAAAAAGAUAAUUCAAAGAAAACAUUAAAUAUUCGAAUAGUAAUUACAAUUGUUUUGUUACUUAUAACUGGAAUGGGUAUUUUUUAUAUUUUACGACGAUAUUGUAUAGAUUCAUCUUCUAAAAGUACAUCAAAAAAUGUUCGUGAUUUAACUAUAGACAGUUUAAAAAGUCAUACAAGUAAUAAAACAGACGAUCAUUCAAAUAUUACUUACUUUUAA